AUGGAAACAGAUAUAAAGAAGCUUCGAUUCCUCGUGAAAAUGCUCGGUCAAAAAAGAAGCUCCUCCACCUCGAGCUUUGAAAGUCUUCUUCGGCCCGAUAUAUCAUCUCAUUUGAAAACGAUGCUUUGCGUUCGUCCUCUCGCAGAGGAUACAUAUUUAUGCGAUACCAGCGCUGCUCAAGCUGAUGUUGAACGCACAAUCCGAGAGAUCUACGAAGAGUUGUUUGUCUCAAGUGGGACUGAAGAUAUACAUGAUACCAAUCUUGAUACUGAAUUACAUCUCAAGUAUAUUGAAACGGUCUUGAACACCCCCUUGCCUUCGAUGUUCUAUGUGCUAGACUCGAAUCAUUCCUGGAUGAUCUAUUGGCUUGUGAAUGCACACGUUAUGUUGAGCGGUGACUCCCCGAGUCUCUCCUUGAAAAAAAGAGUGUCUGAAAAAAUCUCCACUUUAAUCAUUGAUAACGGAUUGGGUGGUAUUUCCGGCGGCCCAAACGAUCUCAUUGGACAUGUAGCAUCCACAUACGCAGCAGUUUUGGCUCUUGCUCUUGUUGACGAUUAUACCCUUCUAUCUGAGAUCGCCCCUAAUCUUCAAAAAUGGUUUACUACAUUGAAGGAUGAGAAUGGCUCAUUUGCAAUGCACUACGGUGGCGAGAAGGAUACUAGAUCCACAUAUUGUGUACUUGUGGUUACAUCUCUCCUUGGUAUUGCAACGCCCUCGCUUAUGAAAAAUACACAAGAUUGGAUUUUACUGUGUCAGACUUAUGAAGGUGGGUUCUCUGGUGUUCCUGGGGCCGAAGCUCACGGUGGUUACACUUUCUGUGCGAUUGCUUCUCUUUAUCUUUUGCCAAAAAAUGGCCUACAUUAUACCAAUCUUGCCACUUUGAUCCGUUGGCUAGCAGCUCGUCAGAAAACUCUAGAGGGGGGAUUUUCCGGUCGAUCUAAUAAGUUGGUAGACGCAUGCUAUAGUUUUUGGAUUGGAGCCUGCUUUGUCAUGCUUGAAUCAUUCACAUCUAGCGUGCUGCUAUUCAAUCGGCACGCAUUGAAGUCAUACAUCCUCAACUGUUGCCAAGAUUCGAUUAUCGGCGGUUUGCGUGACAAACCAGGAAAAAGACCAGACUUUUAUCACACCAACUACACACUUUGUGGACUAAGCAUAGCUGAGCAUAUUUAUGAGUGUGAAAUACCGGAUGGGUAUCAUUUUAGAGUGGAAGACAACGUGGAGGGUGCAACAUACACUCUUCCAGUUAAUCCAGUAUUUGGCUUGCCCAUGGGAUACCUGGAGAAGUGUCGUCGAUACUUCAUAGAGCGUGAAUAA